ACGAAACGAAGGAUAGCCGGUUGUGUCUGUUCUCACCUACAGCCUUCCUGGGAUACAGAUUUUAUUGAUUCGUCGCAAGUUUGAGCCAAUAUAGAAAACUUAGUGUGGAGAGAUAAAUAGUGCAACAUAAAGAAACUGAUUCAGUUUACCAAAAUUUAAUAUAUUAUGAAUUUCACGUUCAGAAGGAGCAUUGAGCGAUGGAUGCAAGUAGAAUGUUUACCUUACGCUUCGAAAAUAAACAGCUGGAAUUUUAAUGGCGGUAUCUACACGAUCGUAACCGCAGACAAAAACUGUGUUGUUAUGCCGAGAGUACGUUAUCCUCUUAAACCUUGGUUAAUUCAAUACAUCUUAAACGAUGAUAAUCGUAAAUCAGCUCAGACUUUACAAGUACUUCAGCAUUGUGAUGGCCCACUGGAUGAUGGCACCAUGGUUAUGAUUGUCGGAGACGGAAAAACUCUUAUGAAAGCCUAUUUUCCUAAGACUGCUUAUGAAAACCUUGAAGGUUUCCAACGGGAAUGCUGGCAACGAUCCCUUAUAAAAGUCACUGAUUGGAAUAUGUUACUAAUGUUAAUGGAUACUAAAGAGAAAUCAGAUUAUGGGAUCACAAUAAAAGCUUUUGAUGUUUGGAACAAUGAAGAAGGGCUCUCGCAUAAAAAAAGGCAGACGCCAUGUAAAUUUGACUUCAGAAUUAUAGAAAAGAUUUCACGUCUAUGGGACGAAGCAGAAAGUGGCUUGCUUGAGCUUGAGAAUUGGAAGAAUAUGGUGGAGGAAGAAAUUAACAGUGAUGAAGAAGAAAUUGACAGUAAUGAAGAAGAAAUCGACAGUAAUGAAGAAGAAACUGAGGAGCCCUUGACUUUGUUGAUAAAUGCAUUAGGAGAUGAGUGUUUCUCACCGAUAGAUCCAGACACAUUAAUCAAUCACGGUUCACUCGAGGAUGUCUCCAUUGAAAACUUAGAAAGUAAAAUAAUGAGUUUAUGUAAUGAAGAUGUUGUGAUCAAACCCGAAGAAAACAAGAUAUUAGAAGAAACUGCUAGAUGGUACCAAGGUUCAGGUUUGUCUAGAAGUGCAAUGCUCAAAAUCAUAAUAUCCAAUUCAAAAUGUAUCGCUGACAAUGACAACAAACUACAGCAAACCACUACAAUGAACACUAGAGAACUAUGUAUUGUUCCACAACCAAAUACAUCAUCAUCAUCAUCAUCAGAUGGAAUAAUUCCAGUAAAUCCUUCAGUCAUUUUUAAUCAAAACGGAACCAAUCCUGAAGAUGAAGCCCAACAACAAACUAUUUCAGAGGUUGAUGAAACAAUGACUCCUGAUUUGUUUCUAUCUGAUGAACAUCAGUCAGAAAACAAUUUGGUAGCUGAAGAUAUCUUAUUUCCAUCCCAGAGCAAUCCAAGGAUAACAUCACACCCAAGUGACAGUGAUAUUGAAGAAGAAACACGACUCCAUAACCUUGCUCUUCCCUCAGAUAAGGCAGCUGACCAGUGUGAUAUCCAACCAGCUGACCUAUGUAAUAUCCAACCAGCUGACCUGUGUAAUACCCAACCAGCUGACCAGUGUAAUAUCCAACCAGCUGACCAGUGUAAUAUCCAGCCAGCUGACCAGUUUAAUAUCCAACCAGCUGACCAGUGUAAUAUCCAACCAGCUGACCAGUGUGAUAUCCAACCAGCUGACCAGUGUAAUAUCCAACCAGCUGACCAGUGUGAUAUCCAACCAGCUGACCAGUGUGAUAUCCAACCAGCUGACCAGUGUGAUGUCCAACCAGCUGACCAGUGUGAUAUCCAACCAUGUGAUAUCCAACCAGCUGACCAGUGUAAUAUCCAACCAGCUGACCAGUGUGAUAUCCAACCAGCUGACCAGUGUGAUAUCCAACCAGCUGACCAGUGUGAUGUCCAACCAGCUGACCAGUGUGAUAUCCAACCAGCUGACCAGUGUGAUAUCCAACCAGCUGACCAGUAUGAAAAUGACCACAAUGUAAAUGAACCUCUAUGUUCACAGGAUACUGUUUUAACAGUCACCAGUACCGCUAAUGACAAAUAUAGAUCUAACUCACCAUUAGAUUAUUUUGAAAAUGAUCUAAGUAGAAAUGUAUUAGAAAACCGUGAUUGUGAUAGCAGCCAAGAAUCAAAUGGUCUAGAGCCAUCUUUUCCUGUUACAUCAACACCUCAUGAGAGUUGUCAACUGUCCCUAACGGAACAGCCGGCUUCAUCUGAAAGUAGUGUCUUCAACUAUAAUGCUGAUUCCAAUCUUCUUGUACCACAACGCUAUUCUAGUAAUGACAAUGAUUCUAACUCUGUAAAUUUUAAUUCAGAUGAAUUUGUUACUUCUACUGCAGAAGAGCUACACAAACCUGAAUUAAGAAACACACAUCAUUUGAACAGUAAUUCCAACAAAAGAACGUUUUCUACAUAUCAAAUAGAUUCUCUAAACAAUCAAUCACAUGAAAAUAUUUGCCAGUUUUAUGCUUUAGCAUAUGCAAGUCCUUCAAAAAGAAAACACAUUGGAAUUAAAAUCGCUACUGAAAAUACCUCUAAUCACAGCAGAUAA